UACAGGCCUGACCUCAGUUGUUCCAGGGUAAAGAAUUUGGGCAGUGCCCACACCCACGCUGUUGGAUAACAUUUCUUCACCAUACCAGUGAGGGUGAAUGUGUACACGCCCAGCUUCCUGCCUGUUACUCUCCACAGUAUGCGAAGAAUAUCCCUGACUUCUCGCCCUGUGCGCCUUCUUUUGCUUCUACUGUUGCUACUAAUAGCCUUGGAGAUCAUGGUUGGUGGUCACUCUCUUUGCUUCAACUUCACUAUUAAAUUAUUGUCCAGACCUGGACAGCCCUGGUGUGAAGCGCAGGUCUUCUUGAAUAAAAAUAUUUUCCUUCAGUACAACAGUGACAACAACAUGGUCAAACCUCUGGGCCUCCUGGGGAAGAAGGUAAAUGCCACCAGCACUUGGGGAGAAUUGACCCAAAUGCUGGGAGAAGUGGGGCGAGACCUCAGGAUGCUCCUUCUUGACAUCAAACCCCAGAUAAAGACCAGUGGUCCUUCCACUCUGCAAGUCGAGAUGUUUUGUCAACGUGAAGCAGAACGAUGCACUGGUGCAUCCUGGCAGUUCGCCAUCAAUGGAGAGAAAUCCCUCCUCUUUGACGCAAUGAACAUGACCUGGACAGUAAUUAAUCAUGAAGCCAGUAAGAUCAAGGAGACAUGGAAGAAAGACAGAGGGCUGGAAAAGUAUUUCAGGAAGCUCUCAAAGGGAGACUGCGAUCACUGGCUCAGGGAAUUCUUAGGGCACUGGGAGGCAAUGCCAGAACCGACAGUGUCACCAGUAAAUGCUUCAGAUAUCCACUGGUCUUCUUCUAGUCUACCAGAUAGAUGGAUCAUCCUGGGGGCAUUCAUCCUGUUAGUUUUAAUGGGAAUUGUUCUCAUCUGUGUCUGGUGGCAAAAUGGCAGAAGAUCCACCUAGAGGUGAUACCACGGCGGCGCAGAGUUGUUCACCUGUGGUCCUCGAUCGCUGACAGCCUUGGCUCCCACUGCUGUGUGUUCCCUGAGUCCAGUGGAGGCGGAGCCUGCAAUGAGACGAGAUCGCGCCUCUGCACUCCAGUCUUGGCAACAGAGCAAGACUCAGUCUCAAAAAAAAAAAAUUUUUUUCAGUACAUCUUUUUUAAAAGAUAGGGCUGGGCACAGCAGCUCACAUCUAUAAUCCCAACACUUUGGGAGGCCUAGGCAGGAGGAUCACUUGAGCCCAGGAAUCUGAAGCUGCAGUGAGCCUUUGCUCGUGAGAUUGUGGACCUAUGAUCCUACCACCAGCCCACCUGGUUCUAACACCCCCUCCUCUAUGUGUGAGAGGGAGAGAAGAAAAGUGAGGGAGAAAAGAGAGAUAAGCAAAGAACAGAGAGGAAAAAUGGAAAAUAAGAGGAAAUUGGGGGAAUUAAACAGAGGGGAGGGCAUGGAUCCCCGGGAGUUAGAAGAGUAGCAGCUUGUGGAUUACUAUGCAGUGGAGGAAGAAGAGUUGUUGGAAAUUAUUUGAGAGGUAGUAUAAUCAUUUGUGAGGCAGUUUUCUGCAUUCACCAUUUCUCACAGACUAAGUCACUCAUAAGCAAACGUGCAAUUCACAUUACACUGAAAUUCUUCCCUAAUACAUCAUUUGCAUUGGAAUAAAGUACGGUUUUCAAACAACCUGAUAUAGCAGAACUGACUGUAUAAAUUAUGUGAGCACAGUGCAAGUAAUUCUUUUUUUGUUUGUUUGUUUGUUUUUUUGAGACAGAGUCUCACUCUAUCUCCCAGGCUGGAGUGUAGUGGUGCAAUCCCGGCUCACUGCAACCUCGAUCUCCCAGGCUCAAGCGAUUCCCCUGCCUUAGCCUCCUGAGUAGCUGGGAUUACAGGCAUGUGCCACCACGCCCGGCUAAUUUUUGUAUUUUUAGUAGAGACGGGGUUUCACCCUGUUGGCCAGGCUGGUCUCGAACUACGGACCUCAGGUGAUCUGCCCCCCUCGGCCUCUCAAAGUGCUGGGAUUAUAGCAUGAGCCACUGAGCCCAGACACAAGUAGUUCUUUCUGAUAAACACUUUAACACUGAAUGAAAAAAAAAAAAUUGUGUGUGCACUUUUUUCUUAUUUUACUUUAAAAUAGACACACCAAACAUGUUUCUAAAUAAAUGUAAUAUGGAAAUCUUUCUUUUUCUCCUCCAUUCUCAGUGAUGAUAUGGUUGUAAAUUCUUAUUAUCUGAUAAUUUUUAUCAGAUCUUUACAAAUUAUAAACUUAUUUGCAACUCUGUUUUCAGACUAUCCCUUCUAUUAUAA